UCGGCCUCUCUGCGGCCGCUAGCCAGUUCCGACCUCUAAUCACAGGGCUCCUCGCGGGUCCAAGCACCUGCCCUAAAGUGGGAGGGAGGUGACCAGAUGUGGGAUGGCAGAUAGAUGCGCCCCGGUGGAGAAACUGGGUGGGCACAGCCGCACACUGUCCCGGAGGAAGCCGGCCCUGGGCCUGCCCUCCAGAGGCACCCAAACAUCAACGUAAAAUUUCUUAGCAACAGAACCCCAUCCUUCUUCCCAUUAUGCAUGCAGCUGUUUGCCGCUCGCAGAAACUAAAUGAGAUGAGACAGGACCUAGGGGUUCAGCCAACAGUUUGAGAUCCUCUGCCAUUCCCACCCCUACUCUUCGUCCCUACACACCAUUACUUUCCUAGCUUCGGUAUCCGGUUGCGGCUGCUCUGAGCGCUCACAGUGACUAUGGGCUAGGGUGGAAGUAAAAGGCGCAGGGAGGGUCCCUGUAGGCACCGAGGUAAAAUUACCGGUCUCAGAACCUGGGAAGAAGGCGGGUAUUCUAGGGGCGGGGAGAGGGGGCGGAGGAGCUUCUCUUUGACUCUCAGUCUGUGGCUGCCAGAGAUUCCCGAAGAAAGCAGAGGUGGCUAGCGGGUCUGGCUGGCCGUGCGUGCAUCUCUUUCCGUUCCCCUGCCGGUUCUUUAGGAUUGGAAAUCGAAAUCACAGCUGUUACGAAGGGCCUAAUCCAAGGCACUAGGGUGCCACCUACGCGCUGAUGCCUCGAAUGCUCACAGGGCUUCCAGCUAACCAUGCUGCACCAACUCUGGCGCUGCCCCUGCUACUGUUACUGCUGGUGCUGUGGACCCCGCUCCCCAAUAGCGCGAGGCGGUCCAUAGGCACUGAUUACUUGCGGCGAGGCUGGCUGCGGCUACUAUCCGAGGGCGAGGGCUGUGCUCCCUGCCGGCCAGAAGAGUGCGCUGCGCCGCGGGGCUGCCUAGCAGGCCGGGUGCAGGAUGCGUGCGGUUGCUGCUGGGAAUGCGCCAACCUGGAGGGCCAGCUCUGCGAUCUGGACCCGAGCGCCAACUUCUACGGGCGCUGUGGCGAGCAGCUCGAGUGCCGGCUGGACGCGGGCGGUGACCUGAGCCGAGGAGAGGUGCCGGAGCCGCUGUGUGUCUGUCGCUCGCAGAGCCCACUCUGUGGUUCCGACGGCCGCACCUACGCGCAGAUCUGCCGCCUGCAAGAGGCCGCCGGCGCUCGGCCUGAUGCUAACCUCACUGUGGUGCAUCCAGGGCCCUGCGAAUCGGAACCCCAGAUCGUGUCACAGCCCCACAAUAUUUGGAAUGUGACUGGACAGGAUGUCAUCUUUGGCUGUGAGGUGUUUGCCUAUCCCAUGGCCUCCAUUGAGUGGAGGAAAGAUGGUUUGGACAUGCAGCUGCCAGGGGAUGACCCCCAUAUCUCUGUACAGUUUAGGGGUGGACCUCAGAAGUUUGAGGUGACUGGGUGGCUACAGAUUCAGGCUUUGCGUCCUAGCGAUGAGGGCACCUACCGCUGCCUUGCCCGCAAUGCCCUGGGCCAAGUCGAAGCCUCUGCUACCCUGACAGUGCUCACACUAGACCAGCUCAACGCCACAGGAUUCUCCCAGCUGCAAUCGAUGAAGUCGGUUCCCGAGGAAGAGGCAGACAAUGAAGAGCUGGAGGAUUACUACUAGGUCCAGCUCUCUGAUCUGUGGCCGUGGGCGUGUGGAUAUAGUAGCUACCCCUGCUGUGAAGAAGACAUGAAGAAGACCGGACAGGGCGAGCAGGGUCCUUCUAUGGAUUGUAGCCUCAGUUUCCCUCUCCUCAGAACUAAUUUCCCAGAAGCUUCCCACCUAGGGCACUUACUAACCAUAGCUCUUUCUGUGAGAGCACAGUGGACCUGAUCUAGCUCAGUGCAGCGAGAAGGCUAGGUCAGCUUCUAGUCUUGUGCCGCUCUAGUGGACAAAGCCCACCCAGUCUGUGACUAGACACAGUGGGCACCAAUAAAAAAAUAUAUAG